AUGCCCAGGCUGGACCCGUUCCUCACCCCAGAGGACAGGGAUGUGGGUGUGUGGGCCGGGCCCUCUUCAGAUGGUCUGGCCCCGGAGCAGCCAUUCAACACAAAGGUGGUGUCCCGGGCCCUGGGUGAUUGGGGGCCCUGGAGUGAGGGGUCGGGGAUGGAACCAGAUGGCCCUGAGGAACAAGGGACGCUGCCUGUGGAGCAGGAGGUGGGUGCGGUGCCUGCGGCCCUGGGCCCCAAGGGAACCUCAGGUCCUCAGCCCACGGCCACCUCCCCGAGGCUGCCUGAGCCUCAGUACUGGAGCCUCGCUUCAGUGUGGAAGGGGGCAGGGUGCCCCGGACCCACCCUGUGUCACCUGAACUGGGUCUGGCGUCAGUUCUGCCUUGAGCGCAGGCUGAGGCUGGCAGCGACUGCUGUGUACUACGAGGCCUCUCUUGCUCGUGGCCUCUUGGGAGCAGGCCUGCUCUGCCACGCUGGCCCGGGGGCCCAGGGCCCUGGCCUGUUGUCACGAAGCACGACCUCUUCCCUCAGGCUAGACGCCAUGAGCCCGGGAGUGUCCCGCCUCUGCCUGUGGGCGUGGAUGUGGCUGAGCAUCACCCUGGCCCGCGGGCAAGGGCGAGCAGCCCUUCACACCACGGCCCGGAAGCUUCGGAGGCCAGCCCGGGCCGCACCCUCCUCCGCCGCGGGAGUGGCCCAGCCGAGGGGCCGCCUGCGGCUGGCCGUGCUGCCCGAGGACCGGCUGCAGAUGCAGUGGAGCGAGUCGGAGGCCAGCGGCCGCGGCUACCGCGUCCAGGUGAAGCCCAUGGCCGGGGACUCGGAGCAGGAGGUCAUGCUGACCACCAAGACCCCGAAGGCCACUGUGGGAGGCCUGAGUCCCUCCAAGGGCUACACGCUGCAGAUCUUCGAGCUCACGGGCUCUGGGCCUAUGCUGCUGGUGCAAAGGGAUUUUGUGAUCGACGCUCUGAAGAGGAACUCCCCGGGCAGGAGCAGCCGGAGGCCUGCAGGACCCGCCCUGGAGCCCAGCCCUUCUCUGGGGGGCCCAGACCUCGAGCCGACUCCGGAGCCAGCUCCUCAGCCCAGCCUCACCCACCCCCUCCUGCUCCUAGCUGGCCCCUACUUCCGCUGCACACCCCCCGUUCCCACGGACAUGGUCUUCCUGGUGGAUGGGUCCUGGAGCGUCGGCCACAGCCACUUCCAGCAGGUCAAAGACUUCCUGACCAGUGUCAUCGAACCCUUUGAGAUUGGGCCUGACAAAGUCCAAGUAGGCCUGACACAGUACAGCGGGGACCCCCGGACAGAGUGGGAGCUCAGUGCCUUCCGCACCAGGGAGCAGGUGCUGGCUGCCGUGCGCGGCCUCCGCUACAAGGGAGGAAACACCUUCACAGGCCUCGCCCUGACCCAUGUGCUGGAUUGGAACCUGCGGCGGGUGGCAGGUCUCCGGCCGGAGGCCGCCAAGGUGGUGGUUGUGGUGACGGACGGCAAGUCACAGGACGACGUGAGCACAGCUGCCCGUGUCCUCAGGGACCUGGACGUCCACGUCUUCGCUGUGGGUGUGAAGAAUGCGGACGAGGCUGAACUGAAGCUCCUGGCAUCCUGGCCUCUGGACAUCACUGUCCACAAUGUGCUGGACUUCCCCCAGCUGGCCACCUUGGCUGGCCUGCUCAGCCGCCUUAUCUGCCAGAAGGUCCAGGGCAGGACACCAGCCACACAGGCUCCGCCCGUGUCGGCCCUGCCCCCUCUCCCUGCAUCUGCCAGCCUGGACUUCUCCCAGGUCACCUCCUCCAGCCUCCACCUGUCCUGGACUCCGGCCCCGCAGCCUCCCCUCAAGUAUCUGGUUGUGUGGCGAUCUUCCAGGGGCAGCAUCCCCAGGGAGCUGCUGGUGGAGGGGGCCACCUCAUCCUUGGAGCUUCACAACCUGACCGCCAGCACGCAGUACCUGGUCUCUGUGCUCCCCGUGUACGAGGGAGGGGCUGGUGAGGGCCUGCAGGGCCUGGCCACCACAGCACCCCUGCCUCCGCCCCAGGCCCUGACCCUGGCCGCAGUGACGUCCAGAACCCUUCACCUCACCUGGCAGCCCUCGGCCGAGGCCGCCCAGUACCUGGUGAGGUGCCUGCCCGCCUCCCCCCCAGGCGAGGAGCAGAGAAGAGAGGUCCAGGUGGGGCGGCCGGAGGUGCUGCUGGGUGGUCUGGAGCCAGGCAGGAGCUACGAGGUUUCUGUGCAGAGCCUCCGCGGGCCGGAGGUCAGCGAGGCCCGACGCCUCCGUGCCAGGACCUCGGCCCUGGCACCCACAAGACACUUGAACUUCACGAACGUGAGCCACCGCUCAGCCCAUGUGACCUGGGAGGCCACCCGGAGGCCCCUCCGCCUGGUCAGGGUCAGCUACGUUUCCAGUGACGGCGGCCACUCGGGGCAGACGCAGGUCUCUGGGGACGCCACUUCAGCCGCCUUGGGGCCCCUGUCCUCCUCCACCACGUAUGCCGUGCGCGUCACCCGCCUGUACCUCGGGGGGGGCUCUUCCUCCCUGACCGGCCGUGUGACCACACGGCGGGCCCCGAGCCCGAGCCAGCUGUCGGUGACGGAGCUGCCAGGGGACACGGUCAGGCUGUCCUGGGUGGCCGUGGGCUCUCCGGGCGCGCUCGGCUACCACAUCAAGUGGACACCCUUGGGAGAGGGAGAGGCUCGUGAGAUCUCUGUGGCAGGGACUCUUCGCACGGCCGUCCUGCCUGGGCUGGGCAGGCAUGCAGAAUAUGAGAUCACCAUCCUGGCCUACUACGAGGACGGGGCCCGCAGCGACCCCGUGUCCAUCCGCUAUGCCCCUGCUGCAGUGAGCAGAAGCCCUCCAUCCAGUCUGGCCCUGGCCUCGGACAUCCCCAACAGCCUGCAGGUCAGCUGGACACCCCCAGCUGGACACAUCCUCCACUACCGGCUCACCUACGCCCCGGCCUCAGGCGCAGGACCUGAGAAAUCGAUCUCUGUACCAGGCCCCAGGAACCACACAAUACUCACCGACCUCCUGGCUGCCACCAAAUACAGAGUCCUGGUCUCAGCCAUCUACAGAGCAGGGGAGAGCGUAGCGGUGUCUGCCACUGGCCAAACAGCAGCCUGUCCGGUCCUGCACCCAGACGCCCCCAGCGCCCACGGCACCCUCCCAGGGUUUGACCUGAUGGGGGCCUUCGGCCUGGUGGCAACGGAGUAUGCUUCCACCCCGGGCGUGGCCAUGGGACCCUCGGCCUGGGGCCGGGCCCCAACCUUCACGCUCUUCAAGGAUGCACAGCUGACGCGGCGGGCCAGGGACGUCCACCCCGCCCUCCCGCCCGAGCAUACCAUCGUCUUCCUUGUGCGCAUGCUCCCCGAGACUCCCCGAGAAGCCUUCGCUCUGUGGCAGAUGACCACGGAGGACUUCCGGCCCCUCCUUGGGGUGCUGCUGGACGCUGGCAGGAAGUCGCUGACCUACUUCAACCACGCUGCCGGGUCCCCCACGCAGGCCACCUUCGACCUGCCAGAGGCAAAGAAGAUUUUCUUUGGAAGCUUCCACAAGGUGCACGUGGCCGUGGGCCCCUCCAAGGUCAGACUGUACGUGGACUGCCGCGAGGUGGCGGAGAGGCCCAUCGGGGGGGCGGGCAGCACCCCUGCCACCGGCCUCGUCACGCUGGGGAGGCUGGCCAAGGCCAGGGGGCCCGAGGACAGCUCGGCCACGUUCCAGCUCCAGAUGCUGCAGCUCCUGUGUGGGGACACCUGGGCCGCCCAGGACAGGUGCUGCGAGCUCCCAGGCUCGAGGGGCGGAGAGGUGUGCCCGGCCUUCCCCUCUACCUGCGCCCACGCCCCAGAGACCCCUGGACCCCCAGGGCCCCAAGGCCCCCCGGGUCUCCCCGGGAAGACGGGCAUCCCAGGAGAGCCAGGGGUCCCAGGGCCCAAGGGAGAGCCAGGGCCACCCGGGCAGACAGGGCCAGAGGGCCCCGGAGGUCAGCAGGGGUCACCGGGGACCCGGGGCCGCACCAUCCAGGGGCCCAUGGGUCCACCAGGGGUCAAAGGAGAAAAGGGGGACCAUGGACUCGCGGGCGCGCAGGGCCACCCUGGCCAGCCAGGCACCCCUGGGAGAGCCGGCCUCCAAGGGCCAAAGGGAAUGAGAGGACUGGAGGGACCGGCCGGCCUGCCUGGAUCCCCCGGCCCCAGGGGGCUCCAGGGCCUGGCAGGGAGCAGGGGCUCCAAUGGGGAGCGCGGGCCCCCAGGGGCCGUGGGACCCACGGGGCUGCCGGGGCCCAAAGGGGAGCGCGGAGAGAAGGGAGAGCCCCAGUCACUCACCGCCAUCUUCCAGCUGGUGAGCCAGGCCUGCGAGUCGGCCAUUCAGAUGCACGUGCGGAGGCUCAACUCCUUCCUCCAGGAGAACGCCAGGCCCCCGAUGCCCAUCCUCGUGGGGACCGCGGAGCCGGGCGGGCCUGGACCCACGUCCCCGGACAGGAGCCGCGAUGAUCAAGGUGCCAGGCACCCGCCAGGGUGGGCAGUGGGGACCCCUGCUUCCUGUCGGGAGUCAGCUGAAGCCCCCCCGAAGUUGUCAUCAGGGGACUGGGUAGCCUGGGUGCCCACAGAGCCCGCGGAGCCCGUGCCCCGGCCUGGAGCCGGUGAUGGGAGCGCACGGGGCUCAGAACCCAGUGAGCUGCUGCCCUAA